UCUCCCCCUCUCUCAGAUAAAAUACAGCACUCCAAACCCGCUAGCUGUUCCGCAUUUAUUUCUCCCUCUCUGUCUCGUCAGUGGUGAGCAGUCUUAAAUAUGGCUCUCUUCUUCCAUUCAGCCAUUGGGCCAUUCUGCGAAGCUUUCCCCAAUUAGGUUUUAGUCCCCAUUCUCUCUCUCAGAUCCAGUGAGAACCAAAAAGCGAGGAAGGCGAGGGACCAAUCGAAGAAGAAGAGAUAAGUUAGAAUGGGGAGACCCACAGUCUUUGCGGCCUCUCUCAUCUUCCUCUUAUCGCUGCUCUGUUCUUCGACCGCCGACGAUCCCUACCGCUUCUUUACCUGGAACGUCACCUACGGCGAUAUUUGGCCCCUCGGCGUGAAGCAGCAGGGGAUAUUGAUCAAUGGGCAAUUCCCAGGGCCGCAGAUUGAAGCUGUAACCAACGAUAAUCUCAUCAUCAACGUCUAUAAUAGCCUCCCCGAGCCAUUUCUCAUCUCCUGGAACGGCUUGCUGCAGAGGAGGAAUUCAUGGCAGGAUGGAGUUUAUGGCACCAACUGCCCAAUUCCACCAGGGAGAAACUUCACAUACAUUUUGCAAGUGAAGGACCAGAUUGGCAGCUACUUUUACUUUCCCUCUCUCGCUUUUCAUAAGGCUGCCGGCGGCUUCGGUGGCAUUAGGAUCCUUAGCCGUCCCCUCAUUCCCGUUCCAUUCGAUCCUCCGGCCGGUGAUUUCACCUUUUUGGUAGGUGACUGGUACAAGGCUAACCACACUGACCUAAAAACAACACUAGAUAAUGGCCAUAUGAUCCCAUUUCCUGAUAGUUUGCUUAUAAAUGGGCGCGGUUCGAACGGCAACACAUUUACUGUAGAGCAAGGCAAAACAUACAGGUUCAGAAUAUCCAAUGUGGGACUAAUGAACUGCGUCAAUGUAAGGUUUCAGGGGCACACCAUGUUAUUAGUUGAAGUAGAAGGAUCGCACACACUGCAGAAUACCUACUCUUCGCUGGAUGUAUGUCUCGGCCAAUCUUACUCUGUUCUCGUAACUGCGAAUCAGCCCCCCAGUGACUAUUACAUUGUUUCUUCGACUCGGUUUACCAACCCCGUCCUCACUACAACCGCCAUACUUCAUUAUAGCAACUCGGCAGGGAAACCUGUAGAUCCUCCACCCGGUGGCCCGACCAUUCAGAUUGAUUGGUCGCUGAACCAGGCUCGAUCUAUCAGGUGGAAUUUGACAGCGAGCGGGCCGAGACCUAAUCCACAGGGCUCAUACCACUAUGGGCUGAUCAACACCACGAGAACUAUCAGGCUUGCAAAUUCUGCAGCGUUUAUUAAUGGGAAGCAGAGAUAUGGUGUUAACAGUGUAUCUUUUAAUCCACCUGAUACACCACUGAAGAUUGCUGAUUACUAUAAAAUUGGAGGUGUUUUCUCACUGGGAAGCAUUCCUGAUAACCCGAGCUUUGGCGGCAUGUAUCUUCAGACAUCCGUAAUGGCAGCGAAUUUUCGUGAUUACGUCGAGAUUGUUUUUGAGAACUACGAAGAUGUGGUUCAGUCAUGGCACAUUGAUGGUUAUGCCUUCUGGGUUGUUGGAAUGGAUGGUGGGCAAUGGUCUUCUGCAAGCAGAAAGGGUUACAAUCUUAGAGAUGCAGUUUCUCGCUGCACUGUGCAGGUGUACCCAAAAUCAUGGAGUGCAGUGUACAUGCCACUGGACAAUGUAGGGAUGUGGAACAUUAGGUCGGAGAAUUGGGCGAGACAGUACCUGGGACAGCAAUUCUAUCUCAGAGUAUACUCUCCUGCCAACUCAUGGAGAGAUGAGUAUCCCAUCCCCAAGAAUGCUCUUCUUUGUGGCAGGGCUUCAGGAAGGAAGACGAGGCCACUCUGAAACAUGAUAAUAAAUAAGAUGUUCUAAUUUUAUUUAUGCUGAAUGCUCAGCUCGAGCGGUUUAGUUUUCUACACGGCUUAGUGUUAAGUUUAGUUUUUAGACUCUUUUUUGGCUUCUGCUAUUAUUAAUUAUGUUAUAAGGGAAUUGAUAGUUCUGCAUUUUAAUUUGCUUAGAAAUAAAAUGCCAACU